GAUUGUGCUACAGGUUCAGACAUUAUUUCAAACAUGGUUCAAGAUUGAUGACUUAAAAAAUAAAGUUAACAGCUGCUGGAAGAAAAAGAACUAGUGGCAGAUUGAAUUAGUGGAAUUCUUACUGAAAUGAUUGUUAGCAGUUGAUUUAAAGAAACAUCUGGUCAGAAAACCAGUAUUAAAAUGGUUUCUAAACUCAAGACGGAUGAUAUAGACUCUGUUGAGAGUAUUGAAAUGGGUCAAGUCAGUGAAGAAUCUGAAGAGGAAGAUGAUGAAGUUUUUACAGAUUUGAAUACAAAAGAAAAUGGAAGUGCAAAAAAACCAUUGAUAAAAAGUAAAAAGAAUGGAAAGAAAGCCAAAGGAAUUCAUACAGAAAUUCGCACAGGCAAACCUCAUGCUAAAAGGUGUUGUGGUCCAGUAUGUUGUAUAUUCUUGGCAUUUAAAUCUUUAAUGGGAAUUAUUGCAAUAACAAUAAUUUUAACAAAUUAUCUGACCCACUCUAAUUUUCUCUUCUGGAGCUUUGGAUCAAGUGAGUCAGUUGAGAUUGUAGGUUGUCAAAGUAUAGAGAUUGUACCUGUUUGGCAAGUUAAAAUUCCAAAGCUAAUAGUGGAAGGCAGCACCAGGAUGCUUCAUGUGAACAAUGAUCAAGUGCUAGAUGUGGUUUUGGGGUUUGGAACUGGGGCUGAUGGCUAUGAUAUUCCGGAGUAUGUAUGUGAUAUUUACUUUGAUGGACAGAAGCCCUGCUUGGGAGGAAUCAUAGCUUUGGAUGGAAAGACUGGAGUUGAAAUUUGGAGACUUUGGACAAAGCAUGAAAUUUUUGCUUUGACUUGUCAAUCUGACCUGGAUCAAGAUGGGUUUACUGAUUGUCUUGCUGGUGGAAGGGCGGGUGUCUUCUUAGCUGUCAGCAUAAAGGAUGGAAAAGAGCUUUGGUCUUUUGGGGAUCAUGCCAUACAAUCGGAUUUGAUGUCUGUGUUUGCUGCGCAAAUUGUCCAGGAUGUUGAUAAUGAUGGUAUUGAAGAUGUCUUGGCUGUUCAUGGUGGAGAUGCUCUUUCAGAUCCCAACCCUUCUGAACAUAACUUUGGGAGGCUUAUUCUUUUCAGUGGUAAAACAGGCAGACUUCUUCAAUGGAUGCCAACUCCUGACAGUAGAGAAAGCUUUUACCCCCCACAGAUAUCAGUAACAGCUGAUGGAAGGCAAAUCAUCAUAUUUGGAACAGGGAGUAGCAAACAUGGGGGAGGACUUUAUGUCAAAGCUCUAAUUGAUCUCUACAGAAAAAAUGUUACAAAUAUUAAAAUGAUCUACAAGGAUGAAGAUCAAGGUAUUACAAACCCUGCUGCUCUAGCUGAUAUAAACAAUGAUGGGAUCCUGGACAUAAUUUUAGCAUCCAUGCAUGAAAAUGUUCUUGCUUUUGAUGGUGCAACUUUCACAAACAUAUGGAAUGUUAGCAUGGAAAGUCACCAAACUGCUAGCUCUGUGUCUGUAGGAUACUUUGAUUCUGAUGAAAUCCCAGAUUUUAUGGUCAAGUAUAGCUAUGGAGACCAAUUCCCUGUAUUUGAAUAUGAAAAAACAGUUGUUCUCAGUGGGAAAAAUGGCUCGGAAAUAAGUGAUCCAAUCAUAAAUUCCCUGAGCAUGCAGUCCACUCCAAUUUCAAUUAGCAUGGAAGGAUAUGGAAAUGAUAUGUUUCUACAUUGGUCAAUAAAUUGCAUGGACCAUAAAGGGCAAAAAGUAAAAUAUGCUUUUAGGGCCAGUGCUCACAUGUAUGAAAAAAGUCAAGCAGAUCUUUGCCACUCCCUUUUUGGAACUAGACAGGAUGCCAAGCUGAUGGUAAUGUCGAAGAAAUUCCAAGAGGGAAUUUCUAUUUACAAUUCAACAGAUUGGGAAAGUUUUGAGCACCUAGAUGUUCCAAACACUUCAGCUAUGGCAGCAAAGUACAUGGAAGAAAAUCCAGACCUUAAAACAAAACUUGAUCAAGCUGAAGAUGACUAUAGCGUUCUUCCAUAUAAAAAGAAAGACUUUGAUAACUAUAUUAAGCUGUUGCAAGAGGAAAAUGAAAGAGAAUACAAUGGGCAACCACCAAUCAUUGAUCCCUCUUCAUUGACUUUAAAUGAAAACUUGUUGGGAAAUAUAUAUGACACUGAAAAUGACUCUAAUGAUAACUCAGUUGGAAUCCCGGUGUUUCAAGAGGAAGCACUGGAAGAUAAUAAUAUUCCUGAAAAGCGUGUAUAUAACUACCCUAAUUCUGGCUUUGAUUAUCAACCCGCUGAUUAUCCAUCUGUUCCAGCGCAGUUUCCUCAAUAUUCAAAAAAAGAGAAAAGAGCCAGAUUGAACAGAAGGCUGAAGCGUGGCACAGAUAAAUCAUUCCAAGGAAUUCAUAAACAAUCUGCAACCGCAUCAUUAGCUCCAUCUCUUAUUCCUGCCAAUGAUACCAUCGAUGUUGUCUUUCCAACCUACUGGGUGUAUCCACCUAAACUGGACAUCCUUCAACAAGAAGACAUGAAAUGCGUUGAAAGAGAACUUCGCAAUCUUCAAGACAAAAGCCAAGGAUCGGAGCGUGAGUCCACUGUGUCCAAAGAUAUUGAUGAUAUAGAAACAAAAUGUUUGAGAAAAAACAAACAUUUAGCCGAUGAUUCACUGACCUAUGAAACUCCAUCAGACUAUGAUCCUUUAUCAAUAAACAUGGGACAAAUGAUUGUGUACAGAUUUUCCCUACGGUGUAUAUGUGACAAGUCAAAACUGAGCUAUAACCAGAAAUGUGCCAAUAUUCUUCCCUACCAGAAGCAAGGCUGGCCGGCCUACAUGGGGGCAACUGGAGAUGGAAAGUUUAAAUUUUCUAGGAGAUAAAUGCCAUUAAGGAGUUAGAGAAAAGUAUUUAUUUUGUCAUGAAAUAGUCUAAGUUUUCAUAUUUUGUGAUAUCAAAUUUUCUUCCUUUUAAAAUCUAAAUUUUAGGAUAAAAUACUGAUUAUCAUUCUCUUUUUUUAAUUGGCCAUAAGUGUCAAUGCACAAUUUUGUUAAACUAAAAAUAUUUUUAUAAAGUUGUUUCAUACCUCUUCAUCGUAUCCAGAUGUAUCAGAAUAAAAUACACAUUAGUAUAUUUCUGUUGUAAAUGUUAAUGUUCCCAUAUUAUAAAAUAAAUGUUUAAAUAGUGAAAA